UGACCAAUCCGUGCCUUCCAUCUUAAAGGAGAGCCCAGGAAGUACAUUCUAUUGAAGAAUCUCCAUUUGAAAGGGACACAGAACAAGAGCACAGCCACUUAUCUUAACAGUCAUGGAGGCCACUGGUAACAGCCUGGAGGAGGUAUCGACCUGCAGAAGUGAAACAGCGGCAGACAAACCCUCUCUGCUAAACGAUGCUGUCCGAAACCAUUCAAUAGAGACAGUCCGGCAGCUGUUGAAGGAAGGAGCAGAUGUUAAUUCCAAGGUAGAAGGUGGUUGGACACCUCUGCACAGCGCUGUACAGGAUGCUCAGGAAGAGAUCGUUGAUCUUCUGCUGGAGAAGGGUGCUGAUCCGUGUGCUAGGAAGAAAAACGGUGCCACUCCCUUUCUUGUAGCAGGGAUAGUGGGAAAUGUGAGACUUUUAGAGCUCUUCCUUUCUAAGGGGUCAGAAAUCAAUGAGUAUGAUGACAAUGGUUUCACAGCUUUUAUGGAGGCUGCUGGCUAUGGGAAUGAAGAUGCCUUAAGAUUCUUGUACAGUAAUGGGGCAGAUGUGAAUUUGCGGAGGGUGGUUAACGAGGAGAAAAGGACACUGAAUAAAGGGGGGGCAACAGCCCUGAUGGAUGCUGCCAGGGAGGGCCACCUCUCAGUCAUAAACAUUCUUGUCAGUGAGAUGAAGGCUGACAUUAACAUCUGUGACAACCAGGACAGGAAUGCUUUAAUCCAUGCCUUCCUUCCAAGUGAUAACAAAACAAGGGAGUCAAUUCUCCUGAUAGUUCAUUUCCUGCUGGAUUGUGGUGUUGAUGUGAACAGAAGAGAUGAACAUGGGAAAACUACCCUCAUCCUGGCAGUCGAGAUGCGAAGUUUGGAUUUGGUGAAAGCUUUAUUGGAGAAGAAUGAAGUUGACAUCAAUGAUGCUGACAGAGAGGGCAAAACAGCACUGAUGAUAGCUGUAGAGAAAAACUAUUAUGAAAUAGCAAAGCUACUGUGUGAAAGGGGGGCAAGGACUGACCUUGGGGACCUUAUUGGGAUUGUCAAUAGGAAAUACAAUAAGAAAAUGGCAGAUCUUCUUCGCCAGUACGGCGCCAAGGCUGGUCCAAGUCAACCUCAAGAUUGGGAACCCACCAGCAAACGCUGGGGAGAGCAGCUGAAGGUUCUCUACAACAUGUAUCGUCCUAUGAUUGGAAAACUUAAAAUCCUCCAACAUAAUGAUUUCAGGAUUCAGAGAACCUCCCAAGGGGGCAUCUAUCUGGGACUCUAUGAUGGUAAAGAGGUGGCUGUGAAGAUAUUCUGCAUUGGCACAGAAAUUGCUAAACAAGAGAAAAUGUGCCUUGAACAAUGUCUGACCAGCAACCAUUUAGUAAAGCUUUUUGGUGCUGAGGAAAAGAAACCCUGCCUGUACUUGUGCCUCUCGCUCUGUGAGAAGAACCUUGAAGAACACCUGAGUGCAUCAGAGAAUGAAGUGAAUUGCAAGGGUGUUCUUAAGACACUCUUUGAGGCAGUUCAAGAACUACACAUGUUUGGAUUUGGCCAUCAGGAUCUACACCCACGUAAUAUUUUGAUAGAUGCUGCUGGUAAAGUUCGCUUAGCAGAUUUUGAUAAGAGCAAAAGAUUGAGUGAAGGACAGAAGGAUGAUGUUAUAAUCAAAGACCUGAAGGCGCUCAGAAAGCUGGUCCUGUAUGUUGUAACAGUGGGUAAGGUCCCCUUUGAGGAAAAUCAUAGAGACGAUUUGGAUGCAAGUUGUCCAGAGGAUGUGCAGGACUAUGUGGAGAUUGCAGACCUUAGGAAAAGUCUGGUCUCCCCUGAUGAAGGAAGCCCAGUUGAGAACCUGCUGAGAGACUUGAUCCAACAUCCCUUUUUCUGGAGCAAGCAGACCAGGUACAGGUUCCUGAGAGACGUUGGGAAUGAGAGCGAUAUCAAAACACGCAACACCAAGCAUCACAACAAUGAGAGUGAGAUUCUGAAAGCUUUGAAUUGUGAUGAGCACCCUUUGCAGCAGUGGACUGAGCAGAUUGACAAAUUGGUUCUGGACAGCAUGUUGAUCCCCUUCAACAACAACAAGAAGAACCAGAACAAGAACAAAAAGAAACCGUAUGAAAACUAUGUCACGGACCUACUGAAGUUCAUCAGGAACAUGGGCGAGCACUUUGAUGAGAAGGAAGAAAAGGUCAAGGAAAUAAUCAAGGAGCCCUCGGAGUAUUUCCUGAACCUAUUUCCAGAAUUGACAGUUUAUGUCUACAAGUGUUUACGCAGCAUACAGCAUCAUAGACAUUUUCCAAGCCCUCAGAGUCUUUCUCAGCUGUAG